GUCCCAACCCCCACCUCAUGCCCAAACCAUUUGCCCUGCAAAGAAACACCACCAUCCGUUCAAUCAAAGCCCCGAAAACCGAAAUCGGAAGACUCCCACGAGCCACCUCUUCUGAUAACCUUGACUCAUUGAGUUUUACAAAGCCUGCUGAUACUGGUGUUGGUGAUCUAAAAACACCAGGAUCCCUAAAACCGGACUCAAACGGCACCUCUAAUGGGUCUAAUAAAAGCACUGGUCCUAAACCCGUCCCACUUUGCCCAAAACCUGACUUGUUGGCUAAAACUAAACCAGAACCCACUAGGAAUGCUGACAAAACAGAUUCUGAUCACCAAACAGGUACAAAUAUAAAGCAAAAUGUCACUGCCACCUCUGCUGAAGACUUGAAGGAGGUUCCACCCAGGAGCAGGACAAAAUCCUUGGGUGCUCAGGAUAAAAGAAAACUCAAACAGAGGCCAGUAGGAGAAACAACAACCAGUAAGACUGAUGCAGACUUUUAUUUACCAAUCUGGCCAGGUAGAAAUCGUCUCUCCAUGGAACUGACCUCCAGGUUCGAGUCACCUUCGCAGCUGGAGAUGGAGGUUAAUUCUGUUAGAAGAGACAGUGAGAAAGAGAGGCCACCAAAUUCACCUUCUGCAGAGUCCAAUUUUAAGUCUUCAAAGCCACUGGUGGAGACAGGAGAGAUGGGGGGCGAGGAGGUAAGCGGAAGAAGCAUUAAGAGACGUAUCAGUCUCCUUUUCGACCGUUCUACAGCCUCUCAACACAGGGACUCUUUCAACAAAAGAGAUGCCACACCUUCAGAAAUAUCUGUUGACAUUAAACAGAGAAUCAAGAAUCUAAGCUUAGACUCGCACGAACCGAGGAUCCGUCUACCGUCCACUGGUGCACUUAAAUGUCCAAUUGAGAAGACACCAAGCAAUUCAGAUGAGUUUCCGUUUGAUGAGAAAGCACUUGAAAAACCUGCAGAAUCAAAACUUGUUCAAAAUGGAUCACACCGACCAAUAGGGAAACAGGCUGCUGAUAAACCACCAACUUCGACAGAGGUUCAGCCAGUUGCCGGAGCUGAGCGAAUGAAUGCAGAACUUGGCAAAGUCAUUGAGAACAAACCUGACAUCAAGGUGAAAGCUAAGGAGGCUCCUACUUCCAACUUUGGGUUUGAGAAGAACGUACUGAUUGAGGACAAGAACUCCAUUGAUGAGGAGAAUAAUGAAGUUGAAGAGGACAAGGAGAACUACAUCCCUGUGCCUUUGUAUCAGAGCGUUGGGAUUGGCAAAGAUACGGUGACAAAGAGAGAAGAAGAAAUACUGCAGAAGGAAGAGCAUUUAGAGAAAGAAAGGAAGCAGCUUGAAAGGGAAAGACUUUUGGAAGAAGAGAGGACGGCAAAAACAGAAAUUGCGAGACAGCAAGAGGAGGAACGGAAACAUGCUGGGGAAGAGAAAUGCUUGGAAGAUGAAAGAAGGAAGCAAGAGAGAAAACAGAAAGAAGAAAGCCAAAGACAGAUGGAAGAAAGAAGAAAACAAGAGGAAGAUGAAAGGAAACAGGUCGAAAAAGAGAGGGAGAAACAACGAAAGCGGGAGAGAUUAGAAAAAGAGAGACAGCUCGAAGAGGAAAUGAGCCGGAUUGAAGAAGAAAGGAAAAAAGAGAGACAGAGAGAGGAGGAAAGAUUGAGACUAGAGAAAGAGAGAGAGCUAGAGGAGGAGAAGAGAAGAAAUGAGGAGGAAAGACUGAGACAGGAAAGAGAGAAAGAGAGAGAAAUGGAAGAAAGAAGAGGAAUUGAAGAGGAAGAGAGACUGAGACAGGAAAGAGAAAAAGAGAGACUGAAGAAGGAGAAAGAGAUGGAUGAUGAGAGAAGACGAAUUAAAGAGAUGGAGAGACUGAAAGAGGAGGAACAAUUUAGACAGCAAAGAGAAAAAGAGAGAAUAAGGAAAGAGAAAGAAAUGGAGGAAGGGAGAAGACAAAUUGAAGGGAUGGAAAGACAGAAAGAGGAGGAAAGACUGAGACAGGAAAAAGACAGACUACAGAAAGAAAAAGAAAUUGAGGAAGAGAGAAGACGAAUUGAAGAGAUGGAAAGACAGAAAGAGGAGGCAAGAUUGAGACAAGAAAGAGAAAUGGAGAGAAUAAGGAAAGAAAAAGAAAAGGAGGAAGAGAGAAGACAAAUUGAAAAGAUUGAAAGACAGAAAGAGGAAGAAAGAUUGAGACAAGAAAGAGAAAUGGAAAGACUUAGGAAAGAAAGAGAAAUGGAGGAAAAGAGGAGACGAAUUGAAGAGAUAGAAAGACAGAAAGAGGAAGAAAGAUUGAGGCAGGUAAUAGAAAAAGACAGACUAAGAAAAGAAAGAGAAAUGGAGGAAGAGAGGAGAAGAAUUCAAGAGAUGGAAAGACUAAAACAGGAAAGAGAAAAAGAGAGAAGAAUUGAAGAGGAGAGACAGAUAGAAGAGGAAAGAUUGAGACAGGAAAGAGUAAAAGAGAGACUAAGGAAAGAAAAAGAAAUGGAAGAAGAGAGACAGAGAGAUGAAGAAAGAUUUAGACAAGAAAGAGAAAUGGAAAGACUUAGGAAAGAAAGAGAAAUGGAGGAAAAGAGGAGACGAAUUGAAGAGAUAGAAAGACAGAAAGAGGAAGAAAGAUUGAGGCAGGUAAUAGAAAAAGACAGACUAAGAAAAGAAAGAGAAAUGGAGGAAGAGAGGAGAAGAAUUCAAGAGAUGGAAAGACUAAAACAGGAAAGAGAAAAAGAGAGAAGAAUUGAAGAGGAGAGACAGAUAGAAGAGGAAAGAUUGAGACAGGAAAGAGUAAAAGAGAGACUAAGGAAAGAAAAAGAAAUGGAAGAAGAGAGAAGACAAAUUGAAGAAGAGAGACAGAGAGAGGAGGAAAGAUUGAAACAGGAGAAAGAAAAUGAAAGAUUAAAGAAAGAAAGAGAGAUGGAAAAGUGUAUAGAAGUAGAGAGAUUGAGAGAGGAAGUUCCUACAAGUUACAAUUUGAUAUCUUUUGACUCAGAGGAGCCAGUGCUAUCACAGAGUCUAGUGUCCAGCGUCCAGAAUGCCAAUGUCUCGCCUCAACUCACCGAAGUUCUUUACGAUGACUUUUCAGUAAAACCACGGAGAUGGGGAACCCAGGCCAGAUGUUCCUCAACACCAUCCCCAUCCAGAGAACCUUCUGCAGUUGAUUUGAUCCCUGAGCGGCUGGACCCAAAGCCAGAAUCCAGGUCCAAUGGAUACCAAGGACUACUUGGCAAUCAGGUAUAUGUGGAUGACCUGAUUGGAUUUGAACCUGCACCUUCCAAUAUGCAGAACUCUUCCAGUGAUCAUACAGAAAGCAGAAAUCAACUCCAGGCUAUGGACUCCAAACCAGAGGAUUGGUCUAAACCAAAAACAGAAUCAUCUGCACUAUGGCUUGAUGGGGUCACAUCACAUGAGGGUCAGCUACAAGAAAGUGCACUUGAGGAAGAUGAAGUUGCGGAACAGGAUCUUAUAAAGAAAUCUGAUAACCCUGAUGAAAUCAACAACACUGUUGAUAAUCUCGGCACAGAGAGCAGAAUCGUUCAAGCUCUACAAAGAGUUAAACGUAAAAAUAAACAGACUGAUUCAGACCCUACAAAUGCCCCAGGUCAAGAGGAGCAUGAAAUUCUUCACUUUCCAGAGUCCUCAGGUCCUCUCCUGGACUCCAGCGUGUUUCGAUCGAAGGUUGAUCUGGGAAGGAAACGGACCAUCAAGCGUUCCAGACCAUCACGAGCCGUCCGACAGAGAGCAGCGCUGCCCGCGCUGACAGCGGGAACACACCCCAACUGGAGGUUCCAUGACUCCACAGAUGUAACAGCUCAGUGUUCUAAUGGAGGAGACUCAGAAUUAAAAGAGGAGCCGUCCAAAGAUUCCACUUCCUCUCCAUCACCCAGUCAGUCGAAGAGAGUUCCACUGUUUCCUGGAAUGGACCAAUCGGCCCUCAUGGCCCAGCUGAAGAGGAGAAGUGGACCAGUGGAAACAGACACUCCAUCAGAAGGAUUGACGACACCCCCUGUGCCCGCACACUCGCCCCGCACACCUACCAUGUCCCUCGGCCCCAGAGUGCUGCCCCCUGUGGAUUCCAAAGACAGUGGCUCUGGCUCUUCACCGUCCUGGCUGCUUGAGCUCAAAUCCAAGAAGCGCACAUGUCAACCUGAGAGUGAAGCGUGAAGCUUGAAUCUCAAGAAACUCAGUUUUACCACCACUGCAAAAUCCUGCUGUGUUACCUAACAGAUCGGAUGCAGUUUGCUUUGAGGAAGUGCUCUACAAAGAAAGUUCUUUGUGCCUCACUCUGUGAUGAUGUCAGAAAGCUGCCAAAGAAACUUACUUCUACAUGACAAAUGCAAUUAAUAUUUCAGCUCUGUGUAUCUGUUUUCAGUUUGUGUUGCCUCCUGGACUAAUCUUUAAAAGUGCUCAUGUUCAAAGUUUUUGGAGCCAUUACCAAGAUGUCUUUUCCCCAUAAUGCACCAUUUUACAUUUUAAGGUCACAUGCAAAAAGCCAGCAUUAUUAAAGAUUAAAUCCUGUUUACAGUUAAUCUACAACACCUAUCAAUCUUGGACCAAUGCAAACAUUAACUUUACAGUUGGUUCAUUUGCAUUUACAUUUAUUCAUUUAGCAGAUUAUUUCAGAUUAUUUAAAGUGAAUUACAAAUCAGAAAAGACUUACAACUGAUUCAUCUUAAGAAGUCGCUACAGUUCAAGCAAAGGCAAGAUACACUCACAUUGUCUUUUGCAAACAGUCUGUCUCUGAUCAUGAAAGAAGCAGAGAACAGUAUAGCUCCCUGCUACAAUGCACUUUAAAUGAGUCAGACCACUGGAAAGAAUGCCUUAUGGGUUUUAGGCUUUAUAAUGCAUUUAGAUUUUUUUUUUUUUUUUUAAAUCAGUUCAUUUAUACUUCAUUUAAAGUCACAUAAUGUUGUGUUUCUAAAAGUCUGUAAAAUGUAAACCACACUGAGUCUGAUCCUGACAUAUUCAACAUGUAAUUGCUAUGUAAAUCACCCUUUUCCUUUCCUUUUUUUGACUUAUUAAUUUUUACAAAAUGUGCCAUGACUUCAAAGCCAAUUUUUAUUGAACAGUACUUGAAACCUUAAAGAAAAACAUGAAAAAGUAAAUCUACAGUGGAAGUCACUCAAGCAGCUAAUAUACUGUGUGCAAUCUGCUUAAUUCAUUCAUUUUUUUUCCCUUUAUAUUUCAGUACAUUAAUUAUAUCUAGAAAAGGAGCUAGUGAGCAGAAAAGCAUUAAUUGUUAUGCUUUGAACUGGCCGAUUACCAUUUUACCACUUUUUUUGUUUUGUUUACAAUGUCUUGUCCUGCAUGGACACUUUCGUAAACACAAAUCAGAAUUGCAGUCUUGUAUAUUAAAGGAACAGUUCACCAAAAAAUAAUUCUCUCAUCAUUUACUCACCCUGUUGUUUCAAACUCGUAAGACUUUCGUCUUUCUUCCGCGGAACACAAGCAAAGAUAUUUUAAUGGAGAUAUGAUGCCUGUUUGUCUAUUCAAUGCAAGUAAAUGGGGACCAAAACUUUUAAGCUCCAAAAAGCACAUAAAGGCAACAUAAAAGUAAUCCAUAAAACUCCAGUGGUUUAAUCCAUGUCUUCUGAAGGUAUCUAAUCAGUUUUGGGUGAGAACAGACCAAAAUAUUACUCACUUUUUACUGUACAUAUUGCCAUUGCAUUCUAUUCAUUUCAUGCUGACUUUAUGUGCUUUUUGCAGCUUCAAAGUUUUGGUCACCAUUCACUUGCAUUGUAUGAUCUUUGUGUUCCGCAGAAGAAAGUCAUACGAGUUUGGAUGACAUAAGGGUGUGUAAAUGAUGAGAGAAUUAUUAUUGUUGAGUGAACUAUUCCUGUAAGCUGUAUAUUUUGUUAUCUUUUGCAUAAAACUCAUUUGUGAAUGUUUUUCAGUUGGUUUAUUAUGUUUGUUAGACAUUGGCUGUGUAAAUCGCUGCUACUGACUUGACGAAAAAGUUUACCUGUUUAAUGCUGGGAAACGGGAACUGUGCUUGAUUAAAAUUAAUAAU